AUCAAUGUUCAAUAGUUCUUGAAUUGUGCUUGCAUUGAAGCGCUACAACGAUUCCGAUUUUUCUGCACGUGCUUUGCAGACGACAACAGUGGCAGUACGUUAUCUACAAGGCCUAGUUAUGUAUGAGGACAGUCAAAAAAGUGGUGAAGGUAGCCAGGAUAUGUUCGAGUCCCAGGAGUCUGCACAGCUGGCUCCAGUCAAUGACGGAUCUGGCUGUACUGCACCAUGCAGGGGCUGUGCAGAAAACACAAAGCUGCUACACACAAUUUUGCAAGAGCUGAGGGAACUCAAAGAAGGGUUAAAUGCCAGAAGUGAUGAUUAUAAGAAAUUCGUCAUGGAGAAUUCAGAUAUUGAGGCUCCCUUGCUGGAAUUCUUGAAGACUGCAUUUCCAGUCAAAGUUUUUUUAAACACUGCAGACUUAGAAUUGAAAGCUAAAGUGGUGUCCUUAGUGCACAGACUAGGAAUAAAGGCUGAUAUGCCAGUGAUCAUGCGAAGCGUAAACAAAUAUGCAGCAAGGAAGUUUGUUGACUUCCGAUCACAAACAAAAGUUAAGUUGCUGUCAGGGAAAAAGGACGCUGGAAAUCUGAGUGUUCAGGACCUGGGGAAAGAGUUGUUCCAGAGAUUCUCCCCAGUCCUGAACAAUCAGAUUGAACAGACUACACUUGUUUUGAGAGCCUUCUGCCAUGAACGAAAGCUAUUCAAGAAAAGGCGAAGUGAGGUUUCCACUUCAAUGGAUUUCUGGUCUGAAUUUAAGACAUUCAGAAGGAUGGUGGAGGAGGACCAGGAUCCAUUGAAGUGGGAAAGGCUGAUGGCCAGGGAAGAAAAGAGGAUUGAGAGAUAUCAAAAGCUCCUCUAGAUUAAAAGAAAGAAGAACAAAGAAUAUACAAUAUGCAGUGACCAGAAUAAAAUUUAAAUUACCCUGAUCAAAUGCCUUGAGAUUUGUUCAUGUUAAUCUAUAUUCAUGACUAAAUAAUUUGCAGAUUAUUAGAAUUCACAUCAAUUUUAUAUAUUAUUUAU